GUGGCGGAAGAGUUGAGUCACCUAGGACAGUACUUGCGGAAUCUGCAUGUAGUUGCUGAUGGUUUCGCAGUCGGUUUGCUGGAUUUCAGCGGUAACGAGUUGCUGAGUGACACCAUUCUAGAAGAAGUGUUUAAGCUCCUUGUCUCGACCAAGCACAGCGUGGAGCGGAUCAACGUACGAGGGUGCAAACGCGUCACUUCCUUUCUACCAUUGCUGUACUACUGCAAGAACUGUAAGAAGGUCCCAGUUUAUGUAGACUACACGUACA